UACAGUAGGUAUUUGAAUGUGUCCUUCCUGAGAGCUUGUCUGUCAGCUAAACAAAUUAACCCACAUCACUUUACGAGCUUUAUGAAAAUGAAGUUUAGAAAAUAAGUCAGUUAAGUUUCUGAUCGAUUUUUUAUUCACAAAAAUCCAUGUGACAGUUGCACAUCAUAAAUGUCAUUUUUAUUGCAUGACUCAUGUUUUCUCUGGUGUGCAGUUCAGGGAGGUGGAAUAAGGGAUGGUGCGACUCAGCAACAAAAAGUCUGUCAUCUUAUCAUGCACUGAAGCCGCUGGUCCCCGCCCUCUGCCUGGUGGUCGUGGUGAUAUAUGGCCUGGCUGACAAACUAGCAAAUUUUGUUGCCAGCAUCUUCUUCCCUCAGUAUCACUACCCGUAUGCAGUGGCUCUCUGCUUUGUACAGGUUCUGGUCUCUCUCUUAUUCUUAAACCUCCUCCACAUCGUGGGUCUGGUCCCUCUGAAGUCUUACUCCAGGUCCCUGGGUGAGAGGGUUUUGGUUCCCUCCAUCUGUAGCAGCGUUCAUGCCGUGCUGGUUACAUGGGCUAAAACCAGCAGCCCGUAUGCCGGCCUCUUCCCCGUCACUUUGCCUCUGCUGCCUGUUGUAACUGUGGGCUUAAGUUUCUGCCUGAAGCUGGCCCCUCCUCCACCUCUCCACUCCUCUGUUCUGAGUUCCCUCCUGUGUGCGACGUCCUUUGUGAUCACAGCCUCCCAGGGUGUAGCAGCUGUUACGCCUCUGGAGUACAUGUUUGCACCUCUGGCUUUACUCCUUCACAGUGUGUCUCUCACAUGGCUGGCUAAAGUGUCCGAAACUGAGCGACGCCUCCCUCCUGAUGUCCAAGCCUCCAUUUUUGACAUUUAUUACACCCAACUGGUGAACCAGUGCUGGCUACUGGGCCUCCUGUGGGUGCUGCAUCCUGACAAUCCCUGGCACGUGUUGAGUAGAAGCAGCUGGCACAGUUUGCUCUUCCAUGGAUACCUGCUCGCUAUUCUCCUGCUGGGGAUGGCGCUGAACUUCCUCGUUGGUGUAUCGGCUAUGUGUGUCUCACCACUCGCUGCUGCACUGCUACACUCAGCGAGGCAGAUGGUGCAGCCGUACCUGAAUCUUUUGUACUUUCACUCUUAAGGGCUGUGAAAAAAUAUUGACUCCUUUGUUCUGUUUCCACACCAUGCAUUAGUUUAAUUUAUUUAAUUCUGUUGGAAACAAAGACAUGAACUGUGCUACUGAGGCUCUUUAUCUCAUAUAAUCUUGUCAUCAGAGAUUAAACGUAUAGUGUCAGCAGUAGUCUAAAUUAUAUGCAGUAUUUUUAACCAUAAAAACAUAUGGCUAAUGUAUAACAAGGUAACGAUUUACACUAAGCUCCAAAUGCCGGCCAGUUGUUAUGUUUUAAAUUUCAUUUUGUUAUACAUGUAUUUUUUAUUAUGAAACUAGUAUUCCACGAAAGGCCAUCCUGCACAGAGUCCUUUUACUUUUGAUACAUGGAGUGUAUUUGGAUGCUAUUAAUGUACUAUUACUGUUAUUACAAGAUUUUAUAUGCUCGACUCUUCCUUGUAAAAGAGGUCAAAAGAGUACUUUAACACUGUGAUAAUUAUACUUAAAAAGGUAACUUAAAGAUCAGAGUGAUUCUAACACUGGUGACAAGGGAUUUUUUGAUCAUGCUGUAAACAACAGUCCACUUUACUUAACAGGGUAAAAACAUGUUCAAGCUCAGAUGGUUGACUGAGUGAAUUUUUAACCAGGGGUUGUUUUGCUUUUUUCCAAAGUUGCCCAUGAAUGACUCUGACUGCUAAAGUGAGUCAGAUGAGAAGGGAUCACAACAUAAAGGAGAUUAACAGUGCUGAUAGACUUUCUUAAGUUAAGUGAGAAUCUCUAAUCCAUAUUGUUUUAUUAUCGCUCUAAAUGUAUGUCCACGUAUUUGAUUAAAAAUAAAGGUCACCA